AUCCUCCAACAAUACGCUUCUGUGGGGAAAACACUUUCUUUAUAAAUGAAAUUCAUAAGAGAACCCUUUUUGUUCUUGAUCGAUUCUUGCUACUUUCAAGUUUUUCUUGAUGGAUUCUUUCUACUUUCAAGCUCUUCUUGAUCAAAGUGAAUACCCAGAUCAGAUUUCACGUCCCUUUUAGGAAAUCUGUCUUUGUGUGUGUGUGUGUGUGUGUCCGAGGUCUAAAACCCUUGAAAAUUUUAUUUCUUUUUAGUGGUUUUUAGGGUUUUGAUUUACAAUGGAUGGAAGUGAUAUUUAUAAAGCUAGUAGUAGUAUGAGAGCAAGUAGUAGCGGUAGUGGAGUGCUGUCAAGUUUAAGAUCUGCAAGUACUUCUGUAUGGAGGAAUUCUGGGAUGGAUGUGUUUUCAAAAUCUACUCGUGAAGAAAAUGAUGAAGAAGCUCUUAAAUGGGCUUCUCUUGAAAAGCUUCCAACUUUUGAUCGUUUGAAAAGAGGUCUACUUUUUGGAUCAAGAGGACCUUCAUAUGAAGUUGAUGUGGAUAAUCUUGAUUACAAUGAUCGAAAACGAUUACUUGAUAGGCUUGUAAGGAUUGCUGAUGAAGAUAAUGAAAAGUUCUUGUUGAAGCUCAGGAACAGAAUUGAUAGGGUCGGCAUUGAUUUGCCAACAAUUGAAGUCAAAUUUGAGCAUAUGACUGUGGAGGCAGAUAUCAAUACAGGAAGCAGAGCUCUACCUAGUUUUAUGAACUUCCAUAUUGAUAUAUUUGAGGGGUUCUUGAGCUUAUUCCAUAUGCUUCCAAAUUCGAAAAAACAUAUAACCAUCCUUGAUGAUGUUAGCGGGGUCGUUAAGCCUAGCAGAAUGACAUUACUUUUGGGCCCACCUAGUUCUGGAAAAACAACACUGCUGUUAGCGUUGGCUGGAAAACUUGAUAAGGAGCUUAAGAGCUCUGGGAAGGUGACAUACAAUGGUCAUGAAUUGCAUGAGUUUGUACCCGAAAGAACCUCUGCUUAUAUCAGUCAAAAUGAUGUCCAUAUUGGAGAAAUGACUGUUAGAGAAACCUUGGCUUUUUCUGCACAAUGCCAAGGGGUUGGAUCAAGAUAUGAGAUGUUGGCGGAGUUGUCAAGAAGAGAGAAAGAUGCAAACAUCAAGCCUGAUCCUGACAUCGACGUUUUCAUGAAGGCUGCAGCAUCUGAACGUCAAGAGGCAAGUGUGAUGACAGAUUACACUAUCAAGUUGUUGGGUUUGGACAUUUGUGCGGAUACCAUGGUUGGGGAUCAAAUGGUACGCGGGAUCUCUGGUGGCCAAAAGAAGCGAGUUACAACGGGUGAAAUGAUAGUUGGGCCAUCAAACGUUCUUCUCAUGGAUGAAAUUUCCACUGGUUUGGAUAGCUCUACAACUUUCCAAAUCGUGAAAUCACUCAGACAAUUUCUUCAUAUCCUUGAAGGAACAGCUGUCAUUUCCCUCCUCCAGCCUGCACCCGAGACAUAUGAUUUAUUCGAUGACAUUAUCCUUUUGACAGAUGGGAAAAUCGUGUACCAAGGACCACGUGAUAAUGUGCUCGAGUUUUUUGAAUCUUUGGGGUUUAAAUGCCCCGAGAGGAAAGGUGUUGCUGAUUUCUUGCAAGAAGUGACAUCGAAGAAAGAUCAGCAGCAAUAUUGGAUGAGAAGAAACGAGCAUUACAGAUUUGUGACAGCCAAGGAGUUCUCCGAUGCAUUUCGUUCCUUCCAUGUCGGGAAAAGACUCGGGGAAGAUAUUGCCUCCACAUAUGACAAAGCAAGAAGCCACCCUGCUGCCCUUACAAGUAAGAAAUACGGAAUAAACAAGAAAGACCUCUUGAAAGCUUGCACCCAUAGAGAAAUAUUGCUAAUGAAGAGAAAUUCUUUUGUUUACAUCUUCAAAUUGUCCCAAUUAUUUAUCAUGGCGUUAGUCUGUAUGACGGUGUUUUUCCGCACUGAGUUGCAUAGAGGUAAUGUAGAAGAUGGAGGGUUAUAUACGGGUGCUCUAUUUUUUGGUGUGGUUAUGAUCAUGUUUAAUGGGAUGUCUGAGAUCUCAAUGACAAUUGCAAAGCUUCCCGUAUACUACAAGCAACGGGACUUCUUAUUUUAUCCAUCAUGGGCAUAUGCUCUUCCGUCAUGGGUCAUCAAGAUUCCUGUUUCGCUUAUUGAAUCUGCUUUGUGGACGAUGCUUACUUACUAUGUCAUAGGAUUUGAUCCUAAUAUCAAUCGAUUCUUCCGGCAGUACUUUUUACUGUUUUUUGUUAACCAAAUGUCUUCUGCGUUGUUUCGAUUUAUUGGAGCAUUGGGUCGGAACAUGAUUGUUGCCAACACUUUUGGUUCAUUUGCCCUUCUUUUAGUCUUUGCGUUGGGUGGUUUUGUCCUUUCACGAGACGAUAUAAAGAAAUGGUGGUUGUGGGGUUAUUGGUCAUCUCCAAUGAUGUACGCCAUGAAUGGCAUUGUCGCUAAUGAAUUUCUUGGGCAUCAGUGGAAAAAGACUUUAAACGAUACUACACUCGGGAAAUCCGUGAUCACUGCUCGAGGGUUCUUUGCAGAAGACUACUGGUAUUGGAUUGCAGUGGUGGCAAUGAUCGGAUUCAUUUUGGUCUACAAUUUCUGUUUUGCUUUGUCUCUCGCUUUUCUCAACCCUUUUGGGCAAUCUCGAUCAACCGUAUCAACACAAACCCAGAGUGGCACAGGAGCGGUUGAGUUAACAUCACCAGGUGGUGGGAGCAAUCAAAAGAAGAAAAAAGGAAUGAUUCUUCCAUUCGAACCACAUUGCAUUACCUUCAACGAUGUCAAAUACUCAGUCGAUAUGCCACUGGAAAUGAGAGAACAGGGAUUGAAUGAAGAUCGGUUACUACUACUAAAGGGAGUGAGUGGAGCUUUUCGACCAGGGGUUUUGACCGCAUUAAUGGGGGUGAGUGGUGCAGGUAAAACUACUUUAAUGGAUGUACUCGCAGGUCGAAAAACGGGUGGGCAUAUAGAAGGUGACAUCAGGAUUUCCGGGUAUCCAAAGAAACAAGAAACAUUUGCUCGGAUUUCCGGUUAUUGUGAGCAAAACGACAUUCAUUCGCCUUAUGUAACUGUUUACGAGUCUCUGCUAUAUUCGGCUUGGCUAAGGUUAUCAACUGAUGAUGAAGGAACUCGAAAGAUGUUUGUUGAUGAAGUUAUGGGACUUGUGGAACUGACUCCAUUGAGAGAUGCACUAGUUGGGUUGCCAGGUAUAAAUGGGCUAUCAACCGAACAACGAAAGCGGUUAACCAUAGCGGUUGAGCUGGUGGCUAACCCGUCUAUAAUAUUUAUGGAUGAACCAACGUCCGGUCUUGAUGCUAGAGCGGCUGCUAUUGUGAUGAGAACUGUUAGGAACACCGUGGACACGGGUAGAACCGUUGUGUGCACAAUCCAUCAACCUAGCAUCGAUAUAUUUGAAGCUUUUGAUGAGCUAUUCUUGAUGAAAAGAGGUGGACAAGAGUUGUACGUGGGACCCGUGGGUCGUCAUUCUUGCCAACUGAUAAGAUAUUUUGAGGAUAUCAACGGGGUGAGUAGGAUUAAAGAUGGAUAUAACCCCGCAACAUGGAUGUUGGAAGUCAGUACCACUGCUCAAGAAUUGUCUCUUGGAGUUGAUUUCACCGAAAUCUAUAGGAAUUCCGAACUUUAUCGGAGAAACAAGGCUCUUAUUGCUGAACUAAGCAUAUCACGUCCCGAUACAAAAGAUCUUUAUUUCCCAACCCAAUACGCGCAACCUUUCAUGGUCCAGUGUAUCGCAUGCCUAUGGAAACAGCGGUGGUCCUACUGGCGGAACCCUCCUUACACUGCUGUCCGUUUUGCUUUCACCACCUUUAUCGGGGUCGUGUUUGGGACCAUGUUUUGGGAUCUUGGUGGUAAACGGAAAACCCAACAACAACUAACUAAUGCAAUGGGUUCUAUGUACACGGCGGUUCUCUUCCUAGGAGUCCAAAAUGCAUCGGCAGUGCAGCCUGUUGUGGAUGUCGAACGCACUGUCUUUUAUCGAGAACGAGCUGCAGGAAUGUAUUCCGCUUUACCAUAUGCCUUCGCACAGGUUCUGGUCGAAGUACCUUACGUUUUUGCACAAACCGCCUUCUAUAGUCUGAUUGUGUACGCCAUGAUCGGGUUUGAAUGGACAGCCGCCAAAUUCUUCUAUUACUUCUUCUUCCAGUUCUGUUGUCUACUCUACAUGACGUUUUACGGCAUGAUGACGGUGGCAAUCACCCCCAACGCCAACAUUGCCGCCAUUAUCGCAGCUUCAUUUUACGGGUUUUUCAACCUGUUUUCUGGCUUCAUCAUUCCACGACCCAAAAUUCCGGUGUGGUGGCGGUGGUACUACUGGUGUAAUCCGAUGGCGUGGACCAUCUACGGCAUGGUGGUGUCGCAGUUUGGCGACUAUGACGAUGUGCUUACGAACGGUGAGACGGUGAAAGGGUAUCUGGAUCGGUAUUUAGGCUACAAACACGAUUUUCUGGGCACAAUUGCCGGAGUUCACGUGGGAUUGGUUGUGGUCUUUGGGUUUAUAUUUGCUUAUUGCAUCAAAUCAUUCAAUUUUCAGAAGAGAUAAAAUAUCAAAUAAUCACAACAUCAAUUGUCUAAUUUUUUGUAUUUAAAGUGUUUAUGAUUUUGUGUGUGUGUGUGUGUUAACUUGAUGUGUAAUUUAUGUAGUGUGGAGUAUAUUUAUCUUUUUUGUACAAUAUUGAUGUAUUUGAUAUGAUUGAGUGUCGCUUGAACUCAUUGACC